UGUUUCAACACUUUCAACACAUCUCGCCACUUCUGCUCGACUCCUGGUACGGCCAGGUAGGUUUCAUGAAUCAGGAGAUGAAAUGGAAGGAAGUCGCUGAUGCAAUUGCAUUGCUCAUGAUGAAGUUGCCCAGAAUGAAGCAGAUUCUUAAUAAAUCUAUGAGCACCGACUUUGAGUAUUUGAGGAAGCCAGCGGAAUAUCUCGGUUCUCGUGGCGCUCGUGCUCUUGGUGCUAACACGCUGCUCUUAAUCCGAGCUAUUAGGUUGGUUCUACCACUCAAUGAUAAACAACAGGUUAGGAUUGUCAAAGUUCAUGGAAAAACGUUAGGCAACACUUCUCAUCCAGACCCACAAAUUGUUCUCUGGCAUUGCAAUUAUGAAUUUCUGGAUGCUGGCAUUACCUUGGUUACUCUGGCUUAG